ACUCUCCUUCACAUUCUCAACAAAUCUAGUUUUGAUUCUCACCAUGGAAUUAAGUCACCAUCUUUAUCUUCUCUUGAUGUUAAAUGUUCUUAUAGUCCAAACCCUUAUCCCAAUGGCUUCUGGCAAGGGUAACCCUAUGAACACAGGAGGCCUCAGCCGGAAAAGCUUCCCAGAGGGCUUCAUCUUAGGGACGGCCACGUCAGCCUAUCAAGUGGAGGGUAUGACCGAUAAGGGUGGCCGUGGCCCUUCGAUUUGGGACGUCUUUGUAAAAAUUCCAGGAGUUGAAGCCAAUAAUGCCAAUGCUGAUGUUACUGUAGAUCAAUAUCACCGUUACAAGGAGGAUAUUGACCUAAUGAAAACACUUAACUUUGAUGCCUAUAGAUUUUCAAUCUCGUGGUCAAGAAUAUUUCCAUAUGGAACUGGAAAAGUGAAUCCAGAAGGAGUUGCAUACUAUAACCGAUUAAUUGAUUACAUGUUAUUAAAAGGUAUUACUCCGUAUGCAAACCUUAAUCAUUACGAUCUUCCUCAGGCGCUCCAAGAGAAGUAUUUAGGGUGGCUCGGCCGGGAGGUGGUGAAGGAUUUCGCUGAUUAUGCCGAAUUCUGUUUUAAGACAUUUGGUGAUAGGGUGAAGAAUUGGAUGACGUUUAACGAGCCAAGGGUUGUGGCUGCACUUGGAUAUGACAAUGGAUUUUUCGCACCGGGGAGGUGUUCUAAAGAAUAUGGAAAUUGUACAGAAGGAAAUUCAGGGACUGAGCCUUAUAUUGUUGCCCACAAUUUGAUAUUGUGUCACGCUUCAGCGGUGCAAAGAUAUCGUGAGAAAUAUCAAGCAAAGCAGAAAGGAAGAGUAGGAAUCUUGUUGGAUUUUGUUUGGUACGAGCCACUUACUAGAGGGAAAGCUGAUGUUUAUGCUGCACAAAGAGCUCGAGAUUUUCACCUCGGAUGGUUUCUUCAUCCCAUAACAUACGGAGAAUAUCCGAAAACCAUGCAAAAUAUUGUUGGCAAUCGGUUGCCAAAAUUCUCGAAAGAUGAGGUCAAGAUGGUUAAGGGUUCAUCAGAUUUUAUUGGAGUUAACCAGUACACUGCUUAUUAUAUGUAUCAUAAUCCAAAUCAAACAAAGCCCAAAGUACCAGGCUAUCAACAAGAAUGGGAUGCAUCCUUUGCUUUUGCUAAAAAUGGUGUACAAAUUGGGCCAAAGGCAAAUUCUUAUUGGCUCUACAAUGUUCCAUGGGGAUUGUAUAAGGCCGUUAUGUAUGUGAAGGAACAAUAUGGAAAUCCAAGAGUUAUCUUAUCCGAAAAUGGUAUGGAUGAUCCGGGAAACUAUACUCUUGGUCAAGGAUUGCGUGAUUUCAAUAGGAUUAAUUACUAUAAAGGGUACAUAAGUGAACUUAAAAAGGCUAUAGACGACGGGGCAAACAUUGAGGGUUACUUUGCAUGGUCAUUGCUCGAUAAUUUUGAAUGGAGAUUGGGUUAUACAUCUAGAUUUGGCAUCGUUUAUGUUGACUUCAAGACGCUAAAGCGCUAUCCAAAGCUUUCGGCGUAUUGGUUCAAGAAGUUAGGAAGCAGGGGAAUCAAGAACCACGGUUGAAGGAACAAAGAAGUGGAUUGAUGAGCAUAUUUAUCUUUUAGUUAUGUGGGUCUUUUCUUUAAAAGGAUUCUAGCUAGAAGCUUGCCUUAUCCAGUUUAGCUUUACUUUCUGGAUUACUAAAUAAUAUUAAGGCAAUUUUCUCUA